ACGCUACGUUCUUUGUUCUCUGAGUCUUGUGUUCUUUGCCUUGUUUGCCCAUCGUGGCGUUUUGUUUAUCCAAAGUAAAACACGCCUUGAGCGUAUGUAUCCAAUACCUUGUCUCAAGGUCUCCGUUCGGGACAGGCAGAGAGUUUUCCCUAACGGCACAUUACUGAGCAGCACAGCUGGCCCUGGACGGGCGUGGAUCCUGUGGGUUCCAUGAGUCAGCCAUUUAAUGGGGUUUUUCCACAGAAGCUCAGUCAAUGAUCCAUGCCUUAUCACCACUUUGUGCCUCAGCAAAGUUGCACUAUAACAGAACUUUCCAUGCUGUGGUGAUGACCUACCAGAAGGGAACAGGGCGCCAUGUAUAUUUGUGGUUGUCACCUUAGUGCUGUGCUCUGGUGUCUUCUGAGUCGACUCAUUAGGAUGCACACGGGCACAGGGCCACAGUCAACCUGUUUCUGACUCUCCACCCUCUUUUUCCGUUGCCAAGCUUCAAACCCAGUCAACGGCGGAACAUGCCUCACGUCAGACGGCCCGUCAGUUCUUCCACUUGCAGGAAUGUUGGGGAGAGAAAAGAGCUGAGGCAGUGAAAGUGAUGUGUCCAAUUGGAAAUACAGAGAGCUUCUGUCUUUCCAUUAUUCUACGCACUAGAAGAGGAGCUUGGACGGCAUGCAAAGUUGUGAAAUAUCUUCAGAGAGCACUGAUGAUCCCCUUAGUAGUGGCUUACGACGACAUCGACAACCACAAAUAAUAGUGAUCGGAGCUGGUUUGGCCGGCCUCGCUGCAACCAAAACUCUACUCGAGAACGGCUUCACCAAUGUCACAGUCCUAGAGGCGUCCGACCGAAUUGGGGGCAGAGUACAAAGUAUUCAGCACGGUAGCGCAACCUUAGAACUCGGAGCCACCUGGAUCCAUGGCGCCAAUGGCAACCCAGUCUACCACCUUGCAGAGGACAAUGGUCUCCUGGAGCACACCACGGACGAGGAGAGGAGCGUGGGCCGCAUCAGCCUCUACGCCAAGAAUGGGGUGGCCCACUACCAGACCAACAAUGGCAAGAGGAUCCCUAAGGACCUGGUGGAAGAGUUCAGCGACCUGUACAAUGAGGUUUAUGAGCUGACUCAGGAGUUCUUCCAGAAUGGGAAGCCUGUUGGAGCAGAAAGUCAGAACAGUGUGGGAAUCUUCACACGUGAUGUUGUGCGGAGAAAGAUCACGCUGGACCCUGACGACUCAGAAAGCACCAAGAAACUCAAGCUCUCCAUGCUACAACAGUACCUCAAGGUGGAAAGCUGUGAAAGCAGUUCCCCCAGUAUGGACGAGGUCUCACUCAGUGAGUUUGGCGAGUGGACGGAGAUCCCGGGCGCCCACCAUGUCAUUCCCAGCGGUUUCAUGCAGGUGGUGGAGCUCCUAGCCCAGGACAUUCCGGGCCGUGUGAUUCGCCGGGGCAAACCAGUCCGCCGCAUCCACUGGAACUACACCUUCCAGCAGGCCGAGGAGAUCACCCAGGGCGAGCACGAGCACGACCACAACCGAGACUGCUGGCCCUGCCAGGCUCCCGCGCACAUCGAGUGUGAGGACGGCGAGCGGCUCUCCGCCGACCACAUCAUCGUCACGGCCUCGCUAGGCGUGCUGAAGAAGAGCCACGAGACGCUGUUCUCCCCCGGCCUGCCCCGCGACAAGGUGCAAGCCAUCGAGAAGCUGGGCAUCAGCACCACCGACAAGAUCUUCCUGGAGUUCGACGAGCCCUUCUGGAGCCCCGAGUGCAACAGCAUCCAGUUUGUGUGGGAGGACGAGGCGCUGCUGGAGCAGCUGGCCUAUCCGCAGGAGCUGUGGUACCGCAAGAUCUGCAGCUUCGACGUGCUGUACCCGCCCGAGCGCUACGGCUACAUGCUGAGCGGCUGGAUCUGCGGCGAGGAGGCGCUGCUCAUGGAGCGCUGCGACGACGAGACUGUUGCCGAGACCUGCACCGAGCUGCUCCGCAAGUUCACAGGGAACCCCAACAUUCCAAAGCCUCGGCGAAUCCUGCGCUCCUCCUGGGGCAGCAACCCCUACAUCCGGGGCUCGUACUCCUUCACCCGGGUGGGCUCCAGUGGGGGGGACGUGGAGAGACUGGCCACGCCUCUGCCUUAUGCCAAAAGCACCAAGGCUCCGCCUCUGCAGGUGCUGUUUGCUGGUGAAGCCACGCACAGAAAAUACUAUUCCACUACCCAUGGUGCUUUGCUGUCAGGCCAGAGGGAAGCAUCUCGCCUGAUUGAGAUGUACCAGGACUUAUACAAUGCAGAAACCACAAAGCCUAAUAUGUAAAAUGAACCACUGACUAGUGAUACUACCUUUAUGUGUUUUAUAUGCUUACUGUACUUAAAAUUACUUAAAUUAUACACGCAUAUUUAUAUGUAUGUGUGUGGGUGUAUUAAAACCUAGGGGGCAUUAAAAUGACUGGUAAAAAUCAUGUUUUUAUUGUAUGUAGAUUUUAGCUCUGUAGAUUUCACUUUGAGAUGUACAUUAAGAAGCUGCCAAGUUGCUGUCAUCUUGUUCUUAGCAGAUUUUUUAAAUCAAGAAGUUGAUAUGUUUAUAACACAUCUAUAAUUUAACUUUUUUUUGUAAGUGCCUUAUGUAUUAAAUGUAAUUUCGUUGAAAACAAGCAACAACACAAAUUAAUUAAACUGUAUAUUAAUGUGAAAGGUUGUGUGCUUUUUACCCUCUUCUUCUUGCCACAACAUUGCUUUUAAUGAAGAGGAUGCACUGUCCCUUUUUUCCCACUAAUCUGCCUAGCCUGUGUUUGUGCCAAAUCUGACAUAAAAAAAAAUUGGGAUUUAGGUUUGAUCCCCUGUAAAGACUGCUAUAAUUCUGCACGCUGCUUGCAAUGACAUUAUUUCUGCAUGUCAAGUUAAGAUUGGUACCAAACACUUUGUUCUAAUCAGCUCCGUGGCUGUUUGUCACACCUUGUCCCUUUAUCAUCCCAUCUCUUCAGGAUCUAUUUGUUUCAGCACUCUGUAGUUCCCCCUCUGAGCUAGCCACCUCAUAAACCCCAGCACGGCUGGUGUUGUUGAUGUUUGCAUGUGGCCCGUCCUUGUCUGACGGGGACUGCAGUGCUGUGAGUGCUCUGCCCUCCUCUGGUGAAGAGGUUGAAGUGCAGUCUCCAGGAAGUCCGAGUACAGGUGACAUCCUACCGCAGCAUUCAGAGUUAGGCACUCCUAAAGAUUGACACAUGACCCCUUGUAAUGCAUAUACCCAACUAACUCACACCAACAACACACAAAAGUCAUUCGAACUCUGAGCCUAUAUGAGAAGUUCUUCUCGUGACUGUGAGAGAGGUAUCGAUCUCUGAUGAUGUGUGGGGUUGUAAAACUGCACCGAAUACAGUUGAACACCACAUUUGAUGCUUAUGCAAAGUGACAUUAGCCGGAGUUCAUGCAGUCUGUUACAACCAUGAAUAUUUAAGUCACUGCCAGUGGGAAUUGAUCUUGUGUUGGUUAUUUUAUCCCUGUGGAAAAUGUGUCAUUAAUGCAACAUUCUGUGUUAAUGUAAUGUUCUCCAAUAAAUUCUGCUGUCGUUCACAUCCCUGCUAAUACAA